AUGCCUCGGAGGACACUUAUUCUAGAUGGACUCUGGCAUUGUCUCUGUCCAUCUUUCAAUCCAGAUACUCUCGUCCGCUCCGCACCUCCGAUUAUCAGAAAAGCUCGUCGCCCUAGAGUUCCGCUCGUCUCAGGACAUUCAACAUCGGCUCCGUCAUGGAGAUGCUUGAGCAGCCUUACCCCGAAACCCCAGGACUACGAUGCAGAGAAAGAACAUAAACCUGAAGCCAUCGAAAAUGAUACCCCCCGACACGAUAAGCGAGCUUCAAGCCAUCCACAUCGACAAAACAACCGCGCGCCGAAGCCAUCCCGGGUUCCCGAUACACUCAAGAGAAAGCCGACGGCACGGUUAGAGACCAGACUGCAGGAGAUAACGGCCAAGCGCCCCAGGGUUGUCAGCGCGGUUCAGAUAUUACGAACCCUGAUUAGGGACCGGCAUGUGCGUCCCGACACGCGGCAUUACAAGGCGUUGAUUUUGGCCAAUACGGAUUCGGAGCGUGGCUCGCCAGAGAACGUUCGGGAACUGCUGUCGGAGAUGGAAGCGAAUGGGAUAACUGCAGAUUCCGGUACUCUGCAUGCUGCCCUGCAGGUCCUUGCGGUUCACCCAGACUAUGUAUUGCGACAAGAAAUUCUACACACCAUGCGAGAUCGAUGGCUGCCCCUAAGUCCUACCGGCUGGCAUUACGUGGUGGCUGGUCUUCUGCGGGAGCAUCAAUUCGAAUUGGCCUUGGACCAUCUCGAAAAGAUGGAGGUCAAGGAGAUUAUGGUCGAGAACUGGCUCUACAGUCUGUUUAUAUACUAUCUUUGCGACUUUGAAGAGUUCGAGGAGGUUGCACGGCUGUUGCGUUUGCGAACUAGCCGAGGCCAUGACAUGACGCCAGAUUUGUGGCUAUACGUGCUGGAUGCGGCGAGCGCUGCUGCUCACCAUGAAGCCACCCAUUAUGUAUGGAGGCAGAUGGUGGAACUGAGAUAUCUGACGCCCUCUUAUGGGAUCUGCAAAAACGUCAUGACCACCGCAUGGCACACUGGGGAUACGGAGCUUGCUACGUCGGUAAUCGAACUCCUGGUUGAAACCAAUGUGGCACUGGCUCUGGACGACUACGAGAGGUUGGCUGAAACCCAUCUCAGAUCUGGUGACUUGUGUUCCGGGUUCGAAAUUUUGUGCCAAAUGCAUGCAGAGGGCACUGCGCUAGAGCAAAGCUCAAUCAAUGCUUUCCUCACCCACAUGAUCCGGAAUAGAACUCAUCCGCGCGAAGCUUGGGCCAUGCUCAAGCGGCUGAAAGAUUUGGAAUACGAGAUUCCUCUCCGCUGCGCCCUGGUGGUGAUUCAAAUGUGCGAGCAGGAGGCUCUCAGUGACCCCUCCAUGGUGGACGACGGGAUUGCGUUAUACAAAGAGCUUUACGCGCUUUGUUCGGCCAAGGCUGACGCUUCGAUUUACAACUCUCUGGUCGGGAUGUGUCGGAGGGCGAAAGACCCCAACGCGGGCAUGUUUGUCGUCCACGAGAUGUCAUCCCUCGGAGUAAUCCCUGACGGCACGACAUUCCAGCAUCUCAUUAUUAUGUGUCUGGAUGCCGGCAACUUCGAAUCCGCAUUCAUGUAUUUCCAGGACAUGUCGGAGCGAGAGCUCACUCUCGACGAGGAUGUGCGCGUGGAGAUUCGGGAGCUCUGUUCCGCGUCCAGCAACGAGUAUGCGCUUCAACUGAGAUAUCACCCGCAGGUCAGGGAUGAAGUGAUACAGUUACCGAGUCAUGACACAGACUUGACCGCAGAAACCCCACUCCUGUUUAAGAAGAUUUUUUCUUAUCCACCGCCUGAAUAUGCCCAUCUUCCGCGACGCCAAAUCCGGCGACCUAUGACCCGGGAAGAACAACAGGCACAGCGGCGAAUGGAAAACAAAGAGCGCCGGAAACUGAAGAGAAGGCGGAUGGCCAUCCAGAGGAACAAGAUGGAGGAAGGAUGGGAGGACUAUGAGCCCGGAGGCUUGAUUCCCGAGGACCAGUCCAGCGAAUAACGCGCAGUAUAUAAGCCAAUUAAAUUCUUUGUACAAUAGUUUAAUCAACCUGAUCCCCUCG